AUGGUUGACAAAAAGAACAGCACAUUAGACAGAGGGGAAGAAGCUUAUGCGAAAUUAGUGAGUGAAAACUUUCGAGUAUUUUACAUGACUGAACUUGAGGUAGAAAUUGGGCGGGAGAAAAAAGACAAUGAUCCCAAGUAUUUCUGUCUCGCAGAAACUGGAACUCUUUCAAAGUAGCAUGCAAAAAUAUUUUGGGAUAAAGAUUAGAAUGAUUUCUUCAUAAAGAAUCUCAGUAAAAACAAGAUACAUGUUGAUUUCUAAGAGUUAACAAAUGAAAAACCGCCAAUGAGAUUGAAGAAUAUGUGUCCAAUAUUGAUGGCUAAGAUUAAGCUAUAUUUCUUACUUCCCUAAGAUAAAUGA